AUGGUGGGCGAACGCGAUCGUGAACAACAAGACGCGGUGCGCUGGGAAGAACUUGAUGACGCUGCAAUCUCAAUACCUCCUCCAUUCCAUCUCUCUUAUAAUGGCGCUCCACACAAUAAUCAUCGAAUACAUCAACAACAAUACAAUCAACAACAGCAAUAUGCAGCAGCAAUGCUUAAUUCAGAAGACAUGCAGAGUCAUUGGGAUGAUGAGCAGUUGGGUCUUAUGGGUGAUUCCAUGGCGGGAUGUAAUGUUCCGUCCAUGGAAAAAGGUGUUCGAUUUCCCAUUUCAUCACCGACACAUGCUGGAUAUAAUAAUAAUAUUAACAAUACUAAUGGUCAAUUAUCCCAGGCACCGUUACAAAGCGCACAUUCCAGAUCAAUGUCAUCGAUACCACCAGAGCCAUUUAUGAUAAUGCGUUCAAAAGCGCUCAAUCGUCGCGUAAUAAUAAAUGUUGGAGGUGUGAAGCACGAGGUAUUGUGGCGUACAUUGGAGCGCUUGCCACAUACACGUUUAGGUCGUUUACGCGAAUGUAAUACACAUGAAGCUAUAUCAGAAUUAUGUGAUGAUUAUUCAUUGAUCGACAACGAAUACUUUUUCGAUAGACAUCCAAGAAGUUUUAGUUCAAUUUUAAAUUUCUAUCGCACGGGCAAAUUACAUUUAGUUGAUGAGAUGUGUGUGCUAGCAUUUAGUGAUGAUUUAGAAUAUUGGGGCGUUGAUGAGUUAUAUUUGGAGUCAUGUUGUCAGCACAAAUAUCAUCAGCGUAAAGAGCAUGUACAUGAGGAGAUGAGAAAGGAAGCGGAAAGUCUGAGGCAACGUGAGGAAGAAGAGUUUGGCGAUGGUAAAUGUGCACAGUACCAAAAGUAUUUGUGGGAGCUGCUUGAGAAACCUAAUACUAGUUUAGCUGCUAGGGUUAUUGCGGUGAUAUCAAUCCUCUUCAUUGUUCUAUCGACAAUUGCCUUGACAUUAAACACCAUACCGUCCUUUCAACCUAAAGAUCACAAUCAUAAUGGUGUUGCGGCGGGAGAUAAUCCCGAUCUUGCGAUGGUCGAGGCUGUUUGUAUAACAUGGUUUACAUUAGAGUACAUAUUGCGCUUUAGUGCGUCACCCGAUAAAUGGAAAUUUUUUAAAGGUGGACUGAAUAUAAUAGAUUUAUUGGCAAUACUUCCAUAUUUUAUAUCAUUAUUCCUAUUGGAAACCAACAAGAAUGCUACGGAUCAGUUUCAAGAUGUGCGCAGGGUAGUGCAAGUAUUUAGAAUCGCGAGGAUACUCCGAAUUUUAAAACUGGCCCGACACUCAACGGGCCUGCAGUCGCUAGGCUUUACGCUUAGAAAUUCCUACAAAGAACUUGGUUUGCUAAUGUUGUUCUUGGCAAUGGGCGUUCUUAUAUUUUCCUCACUCGCAUAUUUUGCUGAGAAGGAUGAGCCCGGAACCAAGUUUAGUUCGAUACCUGAAACAUUUUGGUGGGCCGGCAUUACGAUGACAACUGUUGGGUAUGGCGAUAUCUGUCCUACAACUCCGCUCGGGAAAGUAAUUGGAUCAGUAUGUUGUAUUUGCGGCGUAUUGGUAAUCGCAUUGCCCAUUCCUAUCAUUGUUAAUAAUUUCGCUGAAUUUUAUAAGAAUCAAAUGCGUCGUGAUAAAGCACUCAAACGACGCGAGGCGUUGGAUCGUGCUAAGCGUGAAGGAAGCAUUGUAUCGUUCCAUCAUAUCAAUUUGCGUGACGCUUUCGCAAAAAGCAUGGAUCUUAUUGAUGUGAUUGUUGAUACAGGCAUCGAUACUGACUCACGCGCGUUACGGGGUUUGUCGAUGUCCUCGGGUGCAGGACAUAACUUAUCGCAAGGCGACUUGGAGUCUGAUGGUGAUUCGGAGAAAAAUCCUGCAAAUACUGGAACUGGAUGUUAUAAGAAUUAUGAUCAUUUUCCACUGCACCAUCGGAGGAGCAAUUCAUCAAAUCAACCAUCGUCAAUGCCUGAACCUGACAACCAGCCUUCCUACAGUCCUGUACCACAACGUCGCGAGUGGAGCGAGGAAUCAAAUCAAGAUGAUAUUAAUAAUGAUAAUGAGCAAUUAAUAGAUGAGGAUGCAGCCGAGAAUCAGCAGCUUCAGCACGAGAAAUAUAUGAGAGCAACGAAAGCCGAAGUCGAAGAGCUAAGAAGACAAAUAGCCAUGGAAAAUCAGCUUAAAGAUCCAAAAGCACCGACGCGAGUAAAAACAGAAAUCGAGAUGCCAUCUGAAUACGAAUGUUGUUUCUGCUCGACGGACGAUUAUAAAGAAUGCUUUGAUGCAGAAGGUCUAAUGCCUCUCAACACGUCGGAUGUUAACAAAAGCAUUUUAAUAGAAAUGCGAAUGGCAAAAGCAAUGAAUAUCCUAAAUUUAUGUCAUGGUAGCAGCACAAAAUCAAGUGGCAAUUUUGUGACGCCACCAGAGCAAAUAGUUGGACCAAAUAAAUUUACAUUUCCAUCAAUUGAUGCGGCUAUUCGUACAAUACCAACGACAAAUCCGACAAGUGAGAAUAAUUCAAGUUUAAAUAGCAAAUACAGUAAUAGUGCUAUGGCUGUCACUUCCAAUCCCACAUCGAAUAAUAGUAAUUUUAGAAAUUCUAAUAGUAAUAAGGAUAAUAAAGACAACAUAACAAGUUCCAAUUUGAUAUUAAAUCAAAAUUAUAAUGUGCAUAAUAGCACAAAUUUAGAUCUCGCGAGUGUUGAUAGUUCCGAUACAUUCAUGAGCUGUCAAACACAUCCGUUCUUAUCGCAAGGUGAUCUUACAACAGCACCAGAUGAUGAUUACAAUAAUCUCUGUGAUUUCGACAUGAUCGAUGCCGAUACUCUUUACUUUAGUUCGUCAAUGCAACCUAAAAAUGCAAACUUUUUGCGAGGCGGAAGUUUGCAUAGCGGUCCAGUUAACAUUAUCGUAGAUAGUAGCUUAAGUGUGUCUGGUGGACAAGUGAAGAAGAGUACAUCUGGUGAUACGGCAUUGAGAAGUCUUGCAGCUAGUCCAAUUGAAGAUCAAUAUAAAGCAUUCUCAACUGAUCGUGGAAGUCGAGUAAGCUUAAAUGAAACACCCGUGCCAAAGCAUAGAAAAACAAGAUUUCAGCAACAACAACAACAAUUACAGCAGCAACAACAACAAUAUUACAGCAACAAUUCUAAUAAUAAGUUGAAAACCCGAUUUGAUGAUGGCGCUGGAAGUGAGGAGAGUGGCGUCGAAUCAUUAAAUGCCAAUAAUAACAGCGGCAGUAGCAAUCCUAAAAAGAAUCGUAGAGCUUCCUUUAUGCCAAGCAAAAUUAUUACAUCUGCUACAAAGCAGCUCAUUAAUCAACAUCUUUUUGGGCUUCAGUCGAUGGGCUCAAAAGAUGGCUCAGGCGAUACGCACAAACGUUCAAAAUCAAUUCUAAAAAAUAAAGCCGAUGCACGUUUAGGUUCAGAUCCUGAAAGCGAGAGGCUUUUAAGUGAUACAGGAUCGGGCGUUAGCGAUAUUAGCGUAAUACCUGCUGAUGGAAAUCUCGAAUUUUCACCGAACACAGUUCAUAAAUCAAUUUCACCACAACUUAGUCACCAGCGUCAUCAACGUCUUGUACAUCAACGUUCAACACCAGCAUCAUUCGGACGAACGAAAUUUCAAACACCACGACAACAGGACGAGACAAUGUUGCGUCAAACAAAGCCAAUUCUUCAGCGUGGCUUGGGUUUUGGUGGAACGACGCUGCACGAUGCACAUGGAAGACUCGAUUCAGGUACAAGGGAGAGUAGUUUAGAUUCAGACAAUGCAUACUCAACAACAUAUCCAUUAAUAGGAAACAGUGAUAGAGAAAGAGACGAAUCAUCAUCAUCUACAAUAAAAGCGAGUAACGAUCAAAUAGCAACAUCAUCGAUAUUAGAUAAGCAUCACAAUUCUUUAACUUGUACAGGCAGUGGAACAUCAACAUAG